GCGGGUCCUUCUGAUCAUGGCGUACCUAGGAGUUAGGACCGGCCGGUGCAUGGCGAGCACAAUGAUGCGAAACUUGGCGUCGUUUCUCACUUUGGUAUCUACUAUCAUUGGCAGCUAUGGGAAUGAUGUGAAUUCGAAUCGACAACGCGGUACCCCACUACCGGGCACCCUGAGUUCAGUGGGAGGUGGCGGCGAGGAGUCACCACCGAUAUACAGACCGGGAAGUCAAGCCUACGUGGUCUCCCAAUUCGUGAAACCCAAGCCCCCCCACCAGUACUGGGAGGAAGAGACCUCAUUGACCAUCAUCCCGGAGAAUAAGAACUGCUUGCUGUGCGAGGCUCAGGACACGGGCGCGUGCAGGGCGAUGCCGUCCUGUGUGUACUGCGAGCCGACUGUCACUGCGUUAUGUGAACGGAGUACUCCUUGUUUGAGGUGCACUGUGAUAAAGAACCCGUUCUUCAAGUGCAGUCCUGGCGAGAAGUACAUGGACGAGUGUGACUCCUGCCGCUGCACCGACGGCCACAACGGCUGGUGUACCAACCAGUACUGUGAGUUCCGCUCGCUUUACCUCUACGCGAUGAAGCUGUCUGAUGGAGAGUUCUACUGAAUGUGUCAAU